AUGACCUUUCCUGUGUGGAUUUUAUUUGUGAGUAUUCCUUGUUGUCUGUGCUCAAAUUCAUGGAACAAGCGUUUGUUAAUCAAUGAUCAAACUGCGUUACAUGAAACGAUUCAGAAAUUACAAACGGAAUUGCAGCAGUUAAAGUCGGAGGUGACUCAGCUGAAACAACAAAGAGCACCUGUGGCCACUCCUCUGUCAUCUUACACGCGGUGGGGACGACAUAGCUGUCCAGCAGGCUCUACGCUGAUUUAUCGGGGUUUUGCCGGUGGCCACUCAUACAACGAGACAGGAUCUGGUGUUAACUUUCUAUGCCUGCCAGAUGAUCCUUUAUGGGGUAUACACAAAGACGGAUACAAUUCUUACUCUGGUUGGAUACUGGGGGCGGAAUAUGAGGGAGGGUACUUUUUUGAGAGCGGCAUCCGUGACUCUGACGUACCAUGUGCAGUGUGUCUGACCCCCCACUCUACAUCCAUCGUGAUCCCUGCGAGGAACGCUUGCUAUGAUGGCUGGCACCUGGAAUAUACCGGGUAUCUAAUGUCUAAUGCCCAUCGACAUCCCGGAGAAUCCGAAUAUAUCUGUGUUGACGCACAUCCAGAUGUUAUUCCAAAUAGUUCAAGUAACACCAAUGGGGCUGUCCUAUACAUGGUAGAGAGCAUCUGCCAGUCCCUACCAUGUCCACCUUAUGUGGCUGGUAGAGAACUGACUUGUGCUGUAUGUAGUAAAUAA